AUGACGGACAGGAGAACGGCACACAAUCGAGCCACCUCAGACACUCAGGACAACGCCCCGCGUAAGGCGAAGCUCACGAUUACGCCAUCGCCGUCAGAUUAUUCAAGAUCGCAUGUGGCAAAUUACACACGACCCGCGCCUGUCACUUCUGAAGAAGACUUGCUGAAAUUCGCAAACCGCGCACGGACGCCGAAAGAACCCAUCAUUGCUGAUCUUGUGGAUUUCGAGGUUUAUAGGUGCCCUGAAACCGACCGAAAGCGAGCUUGGGAACUAACAAGUCUGCACCUGUUCGACGUCAAGGCGAAGAAUCUCUGUUUCGACGGCCAUGUUCAGAUCAACAAUAACAGAUACUAUGUUGAACUGGUUCACAUUGAGGAUACCUCAAUCGAGGGAUAUGAUUCAGAUCACAACCCAGGCGUCGUCGCGUACCUUCAGACGCGCUUAGCAACAGAAGACGUAACCUCUGAUCUCUGGUUGCGAUUGGGUCAGCCAGCUCUGCGUUAUGCGAGAUUUCACUCGCCGUUCUUGUGGGUCGCUGGGCUUGGCAAACAUGUAAUUGAUUACAUGUGUGAUCGGCCUAGGGGCACAGUGAGCUUGGAGGAUUUUGCAGAAGACUUCCAUUCUUGGCUGAUGCACCGCUUUGGCUCCAAUCCCAAGUUUCAGAACUGGCUUGCAGCAUUUGAAAACACAGACUUCCGCGUCGCUUUCAAUGCCUAUGUAGGAUUCUUCCACAACCAAGCUCUCAAUCUGCCCACUUCAAAGCACCUCACCAGUCACCCAGUGUGGUCCCACUGCAUGUGUGAUCGAAAGAUGGCGGUUGCCAGGCAGCCAAACCAGGUCAAGCACACGCUGACCACUCCCCACGUAUACCAAUGCUUUCAGCGAAUGUACUUCGCCGGUAAGCUAAAGCUGGUCACUCCCUCUGGUGCGGUCAGGCAGAUGCAAGAAAAGAGAAAAGCGACGUUGGGCUUUCCCAGAGUUCGCACCAUACCCCUCCUUUCAAGACGUAAAGAAGACAACACACAUUCCUCUCACGUUCAAGUGGGGGACGUGGUCUCGAUCGUGCCCGAUGGCGUCGAUAAGGUUCAUUGGCAAAAGUCGAACGAUGACUGGUUGGGUUAUGUCCAGGGAACGGAGACGACCACGACAGGAGCACACGAUGUUAUACGGAAACACACCGUGGAAUGGUCGCCGCGCUCACUUCAGACUGAUAAAGAGUUCAUCCUCCGUCAGACUUACAUAACUAACGACAGUGCUUUUGUGACUAUCAAGGAAGACCACAAGAUCUGUCCCUGUCGCAGGCCAAAGUCGAGCGCUAUCAGGUGGCUUGCCGGCGAUACAGUUUACAUCAAGAAGAGCACCAAUGGGCAUGAGGUGCUUGAACCUGUCGUUAUCCAUAGAAUCAACAAGAAGACGAGCGAGAUACAAGUUCGGAAGUUACUCCGUCUUGACCGAGACUGCUCAGCACUAGCAGUGGAAGCAAAGAGGGGGAAGAUACUUCCCAACGAACUCGUCCUCACAGGCAAACUGAAGACAGUGGCACCAUCCCGUGUUGAGCGACCGUGUCACAUUACUUUCGUCAAGCAAGUGGAUGUACUGAACGGCCACAUAGCUUCGCCGUAUAAUUUAGGAGGAGCUGGAGAUUACUGGUUCAUCAGCAUGGGUAUCGUCGACAUGCACAAUGUUGAGCGCUUGAUCUUCUUAGAAAAAUUACCUGAGGGAUUUCACGAAGCCCGAGAGGCGCAACUCCCAUUCGAGAAGCUAAGGGGGCUUAGUCUAUUUAGCGGCGGUGGCGGCCUCGAUAGAGGACUGGAAGAAGGAGGCGCUGUGGAAUUCCAGACAUCAGUCGACUACGACUCCGCAGCAAUCCACACACAGCGUGCGAACUGUAAAAAUUCGCAGCAGAUGCGACUUUUCUGCGGUUCGUUUGAUGAUUAUCUCGGGCUGCUUCUUUCCGGAGACGAGAAUCGCAUGGUAGCACGUGUAGGCCAGGUGGAUUUAGUUGCUGCCGGUUCACCUUGCCCAGGAUUUUCGACACUCCAGCAGAAUAUGCUUAGUGAACAAUCAAUCACAUACGCCUCCCACAUUACUACCUUCUGCACAGCUGUCGACUUAUACCGUCCACUCUUUGGGAUUUUGGAGAAUGUUGUGAACAUGGCGUCGACACGUACAGGUCUUGAAGAUCAAAAUGUUCUGUCACAGUUAGUAGCUUGCUUGGUCUCGAUGGGUUACCAGGUCAACCAGUAUAUCAUGGACUCAUGGACGUACGGGAGCAUUCAGCGACGGUCGCGUAUCAUCCUGACAAUAGCAGCGCCUGGAUUUGAACCGAUAUUGCAACGGCCACAUACGCACAGUCGGUCAUACGAGGAUACACGUGCACGGAGUCUCGGAAAGCUCCCGAAUGGAGAGCGAUUUGGCGAUCGUGAACACUACGCCACUCCUUUUCCGUAUGUGUCCGCUCACGAUGCCACCUCAGACCUGCCAGACAUCGGAAACAGCAAUACACAAACCUGCAUACCAUACCCCGAUCACCGGCUCUUACGAUCCACCAACAGCAAAACUCGAGCUUUGCUUGAGUGCAUCCCGAAAUGCCCCCCUGGCUAUGGGUACGCGGAGGCCAUGGAACUAAGUCUGAUUCCACCGCUUCUGCAGAUUACAAAGAAGGAAACGGGCAGGGCGUACCGACGCAUAAAGGCGGAUGGUCUCAUACCUACCAUCACGACAGCUGUCCAUAUGCAAGAUGCGCGCAAUGGUGCCUCGGUGCACUGGGCUCAACAAAGGCCUUUGAGCAUUCAAGAAGCACGACGCACACAGGGUUAUCCAGAUAAUGAACCCAUCAUCGGCUCGCUCAGUGAACAAUGGAGGACGCUCGGCAAUGGAGUGGACCGAAAGGUCUCAUUCUCCGUAGGUCUCGCUCUGCGAGAUGCGUACACAAACUCUAAUCGUUACCAUUGGCUCGGCCACGGUCCAGAGAAUGACGCUGAGCUCAUUGUAGACGUGGAAGAUGAUCAUCUAUCAGAAGCAAGAGAACGACCAACAGCUGCUCUUCAAACAGCAAGCCCAUCAUCGUCUAGAUCAUCGUCGACGGAUUCAUUCUCGUCCACGCGGGAUGCACGACAAAGCUUGCCCCACCGUGGACAAAACCUUACUGCUAAUACGAGUCGCCCGUUUAAACGUCCAAGAGAAGGUGAUGAACCUCACCAGCAAAGCGUUUCAAAUAAUCACAACAACCCUUUAAAGCGACCGAAAGUGGACACACAAAGGUCAUCGUUACCCGCAAACACAACGCCAGAAGUCAGAAUUAAAUCCGAGAACAGACGGAAGACACUACCACCUCUCCAGGGGACUACCCACACUAGAAGGUCGGGGCUAGUGCAGUUCGCACCGAGAACAUGGCAUAAGAAGAUUGAGGAUCCCAAGAACAUUAUUGAGCUGGCAUAA